ACUGCAUGUUAAUUGAGUCCGAUGCAUCAUAUGAUGAGGGGUAGGUAAAUGACUUGGCUUUCAACCGACAUACGUACGUGUCCCGCGUGCAACCUGUACAAGUCAGUCACCACCACUACCGUCCGUCUAAGCAUUCGCAUCACUCUCGCUACCGAUCGAUGAUAGCCGCAGAACAGCCGCCAGCCAGCCAGAUCACUCGCUGGCCCCGUGCUGUCUGUGUCCGACUCUCCUCCCUGGCCGUCUGCGGUCUUCUUGUCAUGCGCGUCGCCCUCGGUGGCGUCUGCCUGGCGCUUGCUGUGCUCGUAGCAGGCCUGUGGUGCCAGCACAGGUCCAUAAGCGGCCUCCUUCUUGAGCUGGGCAAGUGUUGGGCGGCUUUGGACGCGCCUUUUGGUGAGGGGGCGAGCGGCAGGGAGCUGGCCGUUGUUGUAGGCCUCGACGUCCACGUUCGGUGGCACGCCGAGGCCGAGCACCUGUGAGUGCUUUGUGAGCCGCUCCCAGAACUCCUCGCCCAGCACCUCCUUGACGAACCGCUCGUCGAUGGGCAGCAGCGGCUUGAUGAAAUUCUUGCCCGCAGACACCGGUGUGAACAGAAGUGCGAGCACUUCGUCCAGAAGCAGCAAGUAGUAGUCCACCGGUAGGUGUCUGCCUUUCUCGGCCUCUGCUCCGCUGCGACUGCCUCAGCCACCUGCAGUCACACACAACACAACACGCAUGUGUAUGGACAUUCAUGAGGAAGUGUGUACCACCCACUGACUGACUGACCGACUGACCUUUUUUGGAUCCUGGUCGCAUUUAAGGACCAGCUUGAUGGCUGCGUCCCACGAAUAUUUGACUGCUGGGGCAUUGGCGAGUCCUUGGAGGAUGGCGGCGAGGAGAAAGCCCACUGCGCACACGACACGACACGCACACACGACACGAGUCACCCAUCUCAUGGCACACCGAUAGGUGUGUGUGUGUGUAUGUUACUUACGUGGCUUGAGGUCAGGGUAUGUGUCGCGGAUGUAUCUAAACACCAGGUAGGGGUCUGUCAUGUCCACCUUGCCGCUGUUGGCGGGCUGGGUGGCGAGCUGCAAAGCAUCCACACGCACGUACACAUAUGUGAAUGACGUCAUGUAGGUGGUGGGUGAGGUGUGGCGGUCAUGUCUCACUCACUCACUCACCCUGAUGUACUGGGCCACUUCAUAUCCGGGGAGGUAGCCCAU